GACGUCACGGGCUCACGGGGGUCGUCUGACUAAUGGUAAACAGUAACUCGGGUUGUCCAGCAGAGAAUUGAAUAAAAUUACCCACAAUUAAAGAAAUGGUCCCGUGACGUUAUAUUUUACAGACUGCGCAACAGAUGACUGACAUCUAGGAAAAACUUUCAAGAUAGAGCAACCUCAUAACAACAGAAAUGUUAAGAGCAUUAACAAGACAUCUGAAAGGACCUUUCAGAAAUGCAUUAAUCCAAACAGUUAUGCAAAAACAUUGGAAAGUUCUUGGUUCUCCGAAAAUCUUGGCAGCAUCACACAAUUAUUUUCCUGUGCGUCAAUAUGCAAUUAGACCUAAAGAGACGUCUUUCAUGGAGGAGAAUACAUUAAGUAACAAGAUUCUACAGUAUAUGAGAACUAAUACUAAGUAUGCUGCUGUUGACAGCCUCAGUAUUGGUCAAGUUCAAAAUAAUACGUUUAGUGAUGCUUACGCUAUGCACCAGUUGUUACUUGUCAUUUCCCAUAGCUUAAUACCCAAAACAAAAGAUAUUCUAAAACUUUUUUCAUUGUAUAAACUACCACAGCAUUCUAUUUUGCAAGAUAUGAUAUCCAAGAAAUCUCUGAUGUUAAACGUUAAGAGAAAAGUGAUUGAAAGUCUAUCGCAUAUGACUGAAAAUGAACUCAGAAAUUUUGCAUCGGCAUUGAAAGAAUUAAAGUUUGUAAAAACAAGAUAUUUGAUGGAUAUUGCAAGAAAUAUUGACUUGGAAUGUGAUAAAAGAACUUAUAAAGCAGACUUAGAAAAGUGUCUGCACUUGUUUGAUAUUCUCUUGAUAUUAUAUGGAAACAAUGUUUACAGGAGGAAGCAGUAUGAUAAUUUUAUGGCUUUGUUUGAGACACACAUAGAGUCAGCUCAGCCUCAAGAUUUAGUACAAAUUCUUUACUAUGUAGGAAUUGGUAAGAGAAGAAAGCUAUCCAGAGAUUUUGUUGACUUACUAGUGAGGAAACUUGAGACACACUAUGAAGACUUAUCUUUUCAUGAUGCUGGCAUAGCAGCAGCGUCUGUGUUUAAAUCUAAUGUUAAAGUGAGCAAAUAUUCAUCAUUUAUUAAAAAAACAGCAAAUCAUCUCCAGACUAAAGUUAAAGAAUGUCCUUGUCUGAAUGACUUGGAUUCAUAUGGCCUUGUUGCCAUGAUGAAGAUUCUUCGUGCUGCCCAAUACCAAGAUCAUAGAAUUUUGUCAUCUUUGAAUAGUUUUAUUAUGCAUAAUAAUGCAGACAAUCUGUCUCCUCAAUUUAUUGCCCACACUCUUGCUCUGUAUGCUAACAGCUGUGUAUAUGAACCUGAUGUCUUUUCCAGGUUGGAGGAGUUGAUACUGCAACACCUAAAAGCUCCAUUACUGAGUGUACGCAUAAGAGAUCUGUCUCGAAUCUUAUGGGCAUUUAGUCAUGUCAAUCAUCAGUGUUGCAGGGAAAUACUCAGUAUAAGUGAUAAAUCCCUCAUGGAGUUUAUACAUAAUGGUGAGGUAGAUAUAUAUCCUCAAUUUUUAUCAAGUACACUUCUCUCCAUGGCUAUGAUGGGACAUUAUCCCCAACCCCUCAUCAAGGAAGCUUUUAAACAUGAAAGGAUUCAUCAGUUGCAAGAUUACCAGAAGAGUAAGCAGCUAUCAAGACUUCUCACGUUGAAUGAGUGUCUUAAAGUGGAACUUCCUGAAUUAACUGUAGCACUCCCUGACAUCUCUAAGAGUAACCUUCCCACAAGAACUCUCGUGGAUGAGGUGCAGCAUCGUCCGGCUCUUGCAACAUUACUAAAGGGUGCCAAGUUUAUUAAUGAAAUAGUUGGUGCUCCAGUGCUGAAACUUAAGUUUCCCAUAGCAUAUAUUAACUAUGCAAGUUUGGUGUAUGAUGCUAGUGAACUAAAAGGUAAUAAUUGCAACAGUCUGCCUAGUUCAACCAGCCAAAGAGACCAUGUAAUACAGCAACUUUCUGCUGUUAAGGAUAACACGAGUAAACAACAAAUUUCUAUUGAACUCAUUGAUUCUCAGUCCACUUUGUCCACGUCACAACCUAUUGGAAUGGUAAAAUUGAAAAUACAACUAAUGAAUAAGAGUGGCUGGGAAGUGAGGAAAAUUUACUCUGGAGAUGUUGAAACUUGUUCAAAUGAUGAACAAGCAAUUGGAGCCUUGAUUCUAGAUGAAUUGACCAAGGUAUGUUAUUACGGGUAAUUGGUUAUGGCCAAAGUAUCUGAGUACAGUACAGUACAGUAAAUGUAAUUAGUUUUGUAGAUUUUUGAUGAUGAAUCAGAUGUAUACACACUGUACAGUAUGUAUGUCUUUCUAUGCUAGUUGAUGAAUGUAAACAUAUGUUCUCUGUAGUGUAUCCUAACCUGGUGUCUUUAUUAUAACAAGGUGACUACCUUAAGAAAUGCCCAAAGGUUUUAUAUGAUCUCUGUAUUGUUAAUUAUGUAGUUUCUGUACUUCAAUGUGGUCACUUUAUUAUAACAUGGUGACUGUCGUAAUGUGUGUCCAAUGUAUUUUACAUAAUAAUUGUAUCUAAACUAACGGUCACUUAAUACAUACUGUAGGUACUCUACUGUAGCUUAAUACAUAAUCACUGUACAUUAACACUUUUGGGGCCCCACGGGGUGCAUUUCUUUUUUGUUUCCGACAUUAUUUUCCAUCAUAUUUCAUUUUUUAAAUGUGUAUUUCUUCACAAAUGAUUGCUCUACAAUACUACAUGUAUUAUACAAAUGAAAUUGAAUCUAACACCAACAUACUAAAAUACGAGUGAUUAUCACUAAGAAGUGGGUAGCGUAUGUGCACUGUAAAUCCUUUGGACACACUGAUGCUUGCAGCCCCAGAGGGCAGUUAUCAUGACACCCACAUCCACCACAGUUAUAUGGCGAGAAUGGGAAUACAAUGGCAUGCAUUUUGAGACUUUAACCAUUAAAAUCAAGCGAUAAAUAGCUUUCUGUUAAGUGUUUUAAGUCGAUGACGAUAUUUUUGUCAUUGGAACGCUAACAGGAGAUUUUUGGAUAAUGAAAUAUCAGUCCACCAAAGUAUUGAGACAUGGUCCCUUUAUCAUAACUUGGUGACUGUAACUUAAAGAGAGUCAAUAACACAGACCAGUCUUUUUAAUUUAACAUUAAACAAUCAAUAUUAAUCAUAUUGUAGAGUUUUCCUUCUAGUUCAGACAGAGCUUGGCAAUAAGGUGUUCAAUCAUUUGGUGAAAUAUGUUGGGGUGCUUAACCUCUAUGCCAUCAAAUUAAUGAAACCAAAUUGCAUUUUGGAUACUACAUAAAUUAAAAAAAGUUAAUAAAUACUUGCAAGAUUGUUUCAUAUGUUAUACUGUAUACUGUAAUAUGGUAAGUGUUAGUGCCUUGUUGAUUCACAUCUCUAAUCCAUACAAAUUUAAGGUAAUACUUUCUGGACUCAAAAUUAUUUACAAUGACAGACCAUACCAAACCAACUUAACUGAAGACUAAACCAAGAUUGUUAGGUUACUUUGGGUUACAUCAGAUUAAUGUAUAACACCUUGAGAUUUACGCCUGUAGCCACACAGGCAGCCAGUCAGUAAGAAUUAACGUACACUAUUAUAAUUUUGUGACAAUUGACAGUUACGAAGAAAUCUCGGAGUUUCAAGAGAGUCACUACAAAAUAUGAGCAGGACAGAAGGUUGCAGGAACCAAGCCAAGUCAAAUCCUAAGGCUUUCUGCUAUUAUGCAAAUUUAAUAUUAAAGAAAUGACUUAUGGGUGUAUCAGUCUGAGAUUUGAAGAUUGUAAAUAUGCAGACUCAGAUCAGCACUAGUCAUUAAAUAAAAUUUCCUCACUGUACAAGAGUGGAACCAAACAACUUACAUACUUUUGAGGAAAAACAGUUUGACAGCAUUUAAGUGACUAAAUAAUAUACAUUUGAUUUAAAUGUUGAUAAUUGAAUCAUUCAUUAAAUAUACUUAAAAUUAAUGUUUAAUUUUAUGUGGUAUGGUGACCUUGUAUAAUAAGUGAUAAAAUGUUGUGCUGAAUGUUAAUUGGGCCAACUGCCGUCUGUAAUAGUAUCACCUUCAUGGUACAUUUUCUGUUUUUACCUACACCAUAGAAUAUGGAGUGGGUCUACUCCCAUUUAGUGUGUGUUUUAGACGACACUAAAUACCCGGUAAUAACACGGAUUAAAAACAGCAUAUAAGGGACCUGCAAAAAUAUGUAGAGUGAAAAGAAAAAUUCAGAUAAA